AUGGACGGCCAAGAUAAUAAGAACUCUAAUAAUAACAUCGAAGAAAUCAAGGAGAAUGGUCAUACCAAUUCUGACACUCAAAAUAACAACGGAAACGCUAACGGUAACAAGAGCAACAAAGGCAAUGAAGAUAAGAAAAUUUUCGUUGGUGGAAUCGCCUAUGACGUUACUAAUGAAGAUUUAAUUAAUCACUUCACUACUUAUGGAGAAGUUGCUCAAGCUCAGGUCAAGUUCGACAGAAUUACUGGAAGAUCUCGUGGAUUUGCUUUUGUUGAAUUCGCUACUGGAGAAGGAUGCAAAUCCGCUCUCGGAGCUCGCGAACAACAUAUCAAGCAGAAGCAGGUCGAGGUGAAACCAGCCAAGUCUCGUGAAAACAAGAAGGUCUUUGUUGGUGGUCUUCCAUCUGAUUUCUCUCAAACCGACUUGAGCAACCAUUUUGCUCAAUUCGGAAAAGUUGAAGAUAUCGAAUGGCCUUAUGACAAGGUCACCAAGGCCAGAAGAAACUUCGCCUUCAUCGUCUUCGAGGAGGAAGAGGCUGCCGAUAAGGCAUCUGCUCAACCUAAGCAGACAUUCGGAAGCCGCGAAUGCGACGUUAAGAAAGCUGUCCCUCAAGGAAAACGAUUCCCAAAUAUUGGACGUGGAAACGGUAUGAGACAAUAUGGAGGACGUGGUGGAGCUAAUAACGGAGGAUGGUACGGAAACUGGGGUCAGAUGGGAGCCCUUCCAUACGGUGGAGCCGCCUGGGGAGAUUGGUAUGGUAACUCUUACUACCCACAGCAGAACGGAGCUGCUGCUGCCUAUGGCAGUGCUUACAACGGAACAGCUAAUGGUUAUGAGUCUUACCAACAUCAAGGCAACAACCGUCAGAAUGGAAAUGCUAAUGGCCAACAGCGUUAUCAACAAGCUACUGCUCAGCAACAAUACUAA